AUGUUUGAACCUACAUAUUUAUAUUCCCGUCUGGUGGAAAACCUCCCCCCACUGCCCUGGCAGUCUGGUGACCCCAAUGUCAAAGGGGAUCCCCGGAAGAGCGUCAAGUGGAUUGAUGGCCUCCGCGGCAUUGCAUCCUUCCUCGUCGUCCUCACCCAUCUCGCCCGCGCCUGGGACUACGAUCUCUUCUCCCCCCGCGACACCGAAGAUGUCCCACCCCGAAUCCUACAAUGGCCCAUCCUCCGCAUCCCCUGGCAAGGCCGCAUAGGAGUGACCAUUUUUGCCUUCCUAACCGGCUAUGUCUGCGCUCUCAAGCCCCUCAAACAAUCCCGCAACGGUGAUACACUGGGUAGUUUCACUUCUGUCGCAAAGAGCGCCUUCCGGCGACCCCCGCGACUCAUCUUACCGGCUACCAUAGCGAUGGUGAUAUCCUGGACGCUCGCGCAAUUCGACGGCUACCUCACCGCACUCCGGUCAGACUGCUGGUGGUGUCGGUAUGCAUCGCCAAAGGUGAAGGAGACCCUUUAUGAAGAGGUGAUUGAGCUAGGGAGGAGCUUUCUGAGUGUGUGGACAAAUGGGUUUAUGGCGUAUGAUGAUCAUCAGUGGGCGUUGUUGCCGUUGUUGCUGGCAUCGAUGUUGGUUUACAUGGUUCUUGUUGCGACGAUGUUUGUGAGGUGGAGGUGGAGGGUGGGGGUUUACUUGGGGUUAUUUUUGUAUUUUCAUCAGAGUAGGGCGGAGAAUGUUGAGACGUUCCAAAUGCAAGCCAUAUACGGCAUGUUCCUCAGCGACCUUGCCUACGAAUCGUCUUUCAAGAACUUUCUCGAGAACCACACCUGGAUCCGCAAAAUGAUUUCAAUACCACUGGCAGUAAUUGGCCUCUUCAUAGCAGGCUACCCCGGCGAACACCCCGAAUGGUCCACCUGGUCCAACUACAUGUACGAAACAGCCCCCUACCUCUUCCCACCCGAAGUCAACAUCGGCAAACGCUACACAGCCAUCGGCGUCGACCUGAUUAUUUUCGCCAUCUACAUCUCCCCCACCACAAAGGACUUUCUCUCAAACCGUCUCCUCCUCUGGCUCGGGAAGCAGUCGUUUGCGGUGUAUUUGGUCCACGGGACACUCCUCCGCACAGUACUUUGCUGGAUGUUAUACGGCAUCACAGCGCAGCCAUGGGAUCCUAUCUUCGAUGAGAACGGGGAAUUUGCGGCUGAGCCGUGGAUUCCCAUUCGCGGACCGGUUGUUGUUGGGAUUAGUAUUCCCGUUUGGAUUGCGAUUGUGUAUGUUUGUGCGGCAGGGUGGACGAAGUAUGUUGAUACGUUCUGUGCGAGGAUUACGCAGAGGUUGGAGGGGUGGAUGUUUGUCGAGGAUGAGAAGAGUGAUGCUGGUAGGGGGGCACCGGCUUUGCCAUUGGCUUCGGUGCCUAUGAGGACUACUUGA